CAGGUUUGGGUGUGAGUCCGGAUCCGGGUCGGGCUCCGUGCGCACUGGGAGCCGGACGGCCCCGGGCGCGGCCACGGCAGCAGGAGCGCACCGGGUGCCCACCGGCCAUGUCUAGGAAGAAGACCCCCAGGAGCAAGGGCGCCCGAGCGCCCGCCGCCCCUGCGCUGCCCACCGCCAACGGGCCCCGGAAGACGCGCUCCGGCCCCGCGCGCCCGAGCUCCGAGGCGGCGCCCCCCGGGACCCCGCAGUCUAGCCGGCCCUCGCUCGGCGGCGGUGGCGACUUCUACGAUGUCGCCUUCAAGGUCAUGCUGGUGGGUGAUUCUGGUGUGGGGAAGACAUGUCUGCUGGUGCGCUUCAAGGAUGGAGCUUUUCUGGCAGGCACCUUCAUCUCUACUGUGGGCAUCGACUUCCGGAACAAAGUUCUGGAUGUGGAUGGCAUGAAGGUGAAGCUGCAGAUCUGGGACACAGCUGGCCAGGAGCGCUUCCGCAGCGUGACCCAUGCCUACUACAGAGAUGCCCAUGCACUGCUGCUGCUCUAUGACGUCACCAACAAGGCCUCCUUCGACAACAUCCAGGCCUGGCUGACGGAGAUCCAAGAGUAUGCCCAACACAACGUGGUGCUCAUGCUGCUGGGAAACAAGGUGGACUCUGCUCAGGAACGCGUGGUGAAGAGGGAGGACGGGGAGAAGCUGGCCAAGGAGUACGGGCUGCCUUUCAUGGAGACCAGUGCAAAGACCGGCAUCAAUGUGGACUUGGCCUUCACGGCCAUUGCAAAGGAGUUGAAACAGCGCUGCACCAAGGGUCCCAGUGAACCCCACUUCCGGCUGCACGACUAUGUUAAAAGAGAGGGUCGAGGGGCCGCCUGCUGCCAACCCUAAAGCCUGGCUGAGCUCAGCCCCACUCUGGAGGAGCAGCUGCAUCCUGGAAGGCUGGACAGGGGGUGUACAUUCACCAGUGGACACUUCUGCUUCACCCAGUGGGCACCCCGUGUUGACCACUUCCAGGACUUCUGGACCAAAGCUUCAUCUUUGUCCCAAUGGCUAUGUCAAUCCUUGGCCCAAACAAGCAGACCUCAAGGACAUCAUUAAAAAAAAAAACAAAAAAAAAAAGUCCUUGGUGGAGAGGUGGGGGCAAAGCCUCACAAGUGUACAAACCAUGCCAAGGCGCUCUGCUGCCCCCUCCUGGCCAUAGGCCAGUGCAGUGCCUGAUGACACCCCCGCCCCCCAAAGCCAUGUGUCCUGCCUUGGAACAGAGGCCUUCAUCACGAAAUCAUGUACUUAUGUGUCCCAAGGACCACAGCCACCUCCCUUCUCCUAGCUUACUCCCAAGAUACUGGCCCAAACAAGAUUCUGAAGCAAUUUCUAGGCUUUGGCCUUGCACUACAGCCAAUAAAUACGUGGGAGAUGGCAGAAAUGCCAAUUGGCAAGGUGGGGAACUAGGCUGGGCCUUUCUAUUUACCGACACCAAGCUCUCCCCACCCCAUUCUUAAGGCAUCAAACCAAUCAUGAUUGCAUUGUUUUCCAAUCCUAC